AUCAAACAAGAUCACACAUGACUAUUUUUAGGCUUACAGAUUGAGAGAAUUUGAUGAAUCAAAGUGCUUAGAUGAACAGUUUCAAAAGUCCAAAGUGGACAAACACUCCGGGAAGAACCAAGUACUCAUUAUUAAUUUUGAAUUUUUGACGGGUGAUAGGCUCGCCUGCCCGCCUAAAACGUGGUUCUUUUCCACCCUCACACAGUCGUUCCCUCUGAAAGGCGGACACAUCACUCUCUUCUCUUCACCUCUUAAUUCUUAAAACAAAUGGCGAUGACAUCGGCAGAACUUCCACCAGAUCUCGGCGCGAAAUGGACGGAGCUCUUACGGCGGGAGGAUCUGGCACCGAGAUCGGGGCGCCAGCGCCGUCGGAGAAAUCGGCACCGGUAAUUCCGAGAGAAUCGCCGCCGCCUCCACCAGCGGCGCAGGGUGAAGGCUCGUCGAUUCCGGCCCCGUCGAUGGAGGAGCUGGAUAAGGACGUUCUGUGUCCGAUAUGCAUGCAAGUCGUCAAGGACGCGUUUCUGACCCCUUGCGGGCACAGCUUCUGCUACAUGUGUAUCGUCACUCAUCUUAAGAACAAGAGCGAUUGCCCCUGUUGCUCCCAUUACCUCACGAAGAAACAGCUCUACCCUAAUUUCCUCCUCAAUAAAUUAUUGAUGAAGACUACUGCUCAUCAUAUUUCUAAAACUGCAUUACCUGUGGAACAGUUUUGCCGGGCAAUACAAGAGUUGCACAGAAAAAUGAGGCAAUGAUGCAUUCAGGUAUUUGUUGCUUUCUUGUUCAUUACAAGAUUGAUAUUGGAAAAUCAAUUUGCAAUCCAUGA